AUGGUAAGAACUUUGGAUGCUCGUCCGCUUUCAAUUUCAUUUUUACAAGUGUUAGGCCUAGUAUAUUUAUUAAUCCUAUGGCCAAUUUUAUUGUUUUAGAAGUUCUUGAUUGUAUUCCUCUCCUUCCUCGCCUACCAUGUAACGCAUGCCUGUCUUGGAGGCCUUGGUUCUCCAGUCGGCGGUGGAUGUUGUUCAGCACCAAGUGGAGGUGGAUGUGGAGCUCAGCCUCCGUGUGGCGGCGGUGGAAGCUACGGGUAAGUUCACUGUUUUCUGGCGACCUCACUAUUCAUUUUUUGUUUUGAUUUUGUCAAAAUUAAAGCUAGUUUUCCAAAGCAAUAGUCAAGAAUGUCGGCAACAAAAAGAGAUUUUAAAAAUUUUAAAUUUUUUGUCGUGAAUUCGGCAGCUUUUUACAGUAAUUUCAUCCAAUUUCUCCCUUCUCCGUCCCUUCAGAACCCCAUUUCCAUCCAAUCAAACCCCCUCCCACUAAUUACUUUCAUUGAUUCCGAAUCAAAAUGGGGAUUGCGCAACGCCCAAUUACGGUAUCUGUUUUCAUCGCCCCCAACCGCGUAAUAUAUACUUAGACAUUGGGGGAUGUAAUGUAUAUUUUCGUUUCUUUGUUUUAUUUGAAAGCUCAUUUUAUCGCCCGAUGAGCAUUGUUAUGGAGAGCAAACAGAGGGAAUUUAAAGUAAAAACAUAUAUCUGAUGAGCGUAUCUUUUCAUUUUUUUUUGUCUUUGCGAAAUUGAGCAAGAAGAGGGGGACCGAGGAAUGUGAGGGAAAUGUAAAGGUAAAAAACGGGAAUUAAGAAAUUGGAGUGCAGUAAACAUGGCCUCGAGCGAUUGAAAUCAGCAAAAGGGAGGCUCCAGUAAUGGGGUCUCAAGUCAUAUACAAUCACAAAGACGAAACAUAAUUUAUUUCAGGUACAGUGCUCCGAUCGCUGCUCCCGCCCUUCCUCCACCUCCUCCACCCCCACCACAGCCAAUCCCGGUCCCAGUUGGACCCAGUUAUGUUCAAGGGCCUCAGGAAGCGGGCUACGUCUCCUACAACCGAGGUCGACGAUCGCUCUUCCGACGACGUCGCUCGCUCGCCUAA